AUGACAGCAGAGGAGACAAUCAACAUCAAGGAGGUAGAGGUGAUCAAGCUGAUGCUGGACUUCCUCAACUCCAAGAAGCUGCACAUCAGCAUGCUGGCCUUAGAGAAGGAGAGUGGCGUCAUUAAUGGACUAUACUCUGAUGACAUGCUCUUCCUCAGGCAACUCAUUCUGGACGGCCAGUGGGAGGAAGUGAUGCAGUUUAUUCAGCCGUUAGAAGGAAUGGACAAGUUUGACAAGAAAAGGUUCCGCUACAUCAUUCUGAAGCAGAAGUUUCUGGAAGCUCUAUGUGUAAAUAACGCCAUGUCUGCUGCUGAAGACCCUCAGAAUCUGGAGCUCACCAUGAGAGAGGCAGUCAAGUGCCUCCACAGUCUGGAGGAGUUUUGUCCAUCCAAAGACGACUACAGCAAGCUGUGUCUCCUCCUCACGCUGCCACGCCUCACCCACCACGCCGAGUUCAAAGAUUGGAACCCGAGCACGGCACGCGUCCACUGCUUCGAUGAGGCCUGCACUAUGGUAGCUGAGUUCAUUCCAGCAGAUAGGAAGCUGAGCGAGGCAGGCUUCAGAGCGAGCGGGAACCGCCUUUUCCAGCUGCUGAUCAAAGGGAUCCUUUAUGAGUGCUGUGUUGAGUUCUGUCAGAGUAAAGCAACUGGUGAGGAGAUCACAGAGGGCGAGGUGUUGCUUGGCGUGGAUGUGCUCUGUGGCAAUGGCUGUGAUGAACUGGAUUUGUCGCUGCUCUCAUGGCUGCAAAACCUCUCUCCUGGUGCCUUCUCAUGCGCCUUCCAGCAGAAAACCCUCAACAUCCACGUGGACCGGCUGGUGAAGCCGAGCAAGGCCGGCUUUGCCGAUCUCCUCACGCCCUUAAUCAACCGCCUGUCCCCCUGCCCUACCUCACCCUUCCACCAGAGGCCUCAUUCAGCUGACACCUACAUGUCCAGGUCCCUGAACCCAGCUCUGGAUGGCUUGUCCCAUGGCCUGGCAGCCCAUGAUAAGAGAGGGAUGGAGGCCAAUGUGAAAUCUACCCUCAGUCGGAGCCUAGUGGAAAAUAAUGUGCAUCAGCAGGAUGAUUCACCUGAGAGGUACCAGACAGACCUGAAGCAUCCACAGGGGCUGGAUGGCCCCAACACCACACGCACCCCUUUGACUCCUGGAAGAGAUGGUGGAACAGCCUGCAGCACAGAAACAAAUGAGCACAUACAGGAGUAUUACAGGCAGCGCCUCCGUGUGCAGCAGCACCUGGAGCAGAAGCAGCAGCAGCGGCAGCUUUACCAGCAGAUGCUGCUGGAGGGAGGAGUGAAGCCUCAGGACGGAGCCCAACACGGCCUCACUGAGACCUUCCUCAGCAGAUCCAUUCAGAAGUUGGAGGAGAUGAAUGUGGGCAUCGACCACCGAGGAGAUGAGGUGAUGACACAUCUGGGCCAGCAGUGCAACGGAGUAAGGAAUAACAGCAGCACUUCUAGUCCCAGGACUUCCAACACCCGCCACACACCAGAAACUGGACUUCAGAAGGAAAAGCUAGGUGGUGUAAGCAGCAGCACCCCAUUAAGGACGGGGAACCACGGCUUGCCUUCCCUCGGCGAGUCCCCAGUUCCUGCCAGUCAGAGUACUGAGAAGAUCAAAGGGUCUGUCCCCACAGUUCAAGAUGAUUCUGGCUCUUCUGCAACACGUAGCGCAGCACAAGAGUCCGAGACACCGUUUGUCAAAGUGAGCACACUUGAAGACACGCAGGCAGUGCGUGCGGUGGCCUUCCAUCCUUCUGGAUCACUUUAUGCUGUCGGCUCCAACUCCAAAACCCUGAGAGUGUGUGCCUACCCCGAUACACUGACUGCCAGUGGUACAGGUGCAGUCAAGCAGCCAGUGGUGCGCUUCAGGAGGAACAAACACCACAAGGGCUCAAUCUACUGCGUAGCGUGGAGCCACUGUGGACAGCUGUUGGCCACCGGCUCCAAUGAUAAAUACGUUAAGGUCCUGCCUUUCAAUGCAGACAGCUGCAAUGCCACAGGACCAGAUCUGGAGUUCAGCAUGCAUGAUGGUACCAUCAGGGACCUGGCCUUCAUGGAGGGCCCUGAGAGUGGAGGAUCCAUAUUGAUCAGUGCCGGGGCCGGAGACUGCAACAUCUACACCACUGACUGUCAGAGAGGACAAGGACUUCACGCCCUGAGUGGACACACCGGUCACAUUCUGACUCUGUAUACAUGGGGAGGCUGGAUGAUCGCCUCUGGCUCCCAGGACAAGACUGUCCGUUUCUGGGACCUGCGUGUGCCCAGCUGUGUGCGUGUGGUGGGAACAACCCUGCAUGGCUCAGGAAGUGCAGUGGCAUCAGUGGCAGUGGAUCCCAGCGGCCGCCUGCUGGCCACGGGUCAGGAGGACAGUACCUGCAUGUUGUACGACAUCAGAGGAGGCCGCAUAGUCCAGACGUACUGUCCCCACAGCAGUGACAUCAGAUCAGUGCGCUUCUCACCCGGAGCCCAUCAUCUCCUCACUGGAUCCUACGACAACAAAAUCAUCAUCAGUGACUUGCAAGGUGACCUAACAAAGCCACUCCCUCAGACAGUGACAGGGGAACACUGGGACAAGGUGAUCCAGUGUAGGUGGCACCCACAUGACCAAACCUUCCUGUCCUCCUCUGCGGAUCGAACUGUGGUCCUCUGGGCACCAAACUCCUGA